ACGUACACUACUGGCUUGGCAUCCUAGGUCACAUCGAGUCUACAAGCGCACAAAUAGGACAGGGCCCAGAAUCACUUUCGUGUGACGUGAGAGCACAACAGAUCUGAGUGGACGGUGAGGGGCGGUAAAGCUGCUGCGCUCCGUUUACUCCUCAGGUCUUUACUCUGUGUCUACAUAUCAGCAGAUACAGCCAUGAAUUGGAGCAAGGGAGGUCCAGGGGGCAAGCGAGGCUUUGGGUUUGGAGGGUUCUCCCUGUCAGGGGGUAAAAAAGAGGAACCUCGUGCGAAUCAGAAGGCUCACAACUCGUUUGGAGCAUCUGGGUCAGCAGGAGGUUACGGCAAAAACCAGCAGCUUCCAGCUUUCUACAAAAUCGGGACUAAGCGGGCGAAUUUCGAUGAAGAAAAUGCGUAUUUUGAGGAUGACGAGGACGAAUCGAGCGCUGCGGAUCUUCCCUAUAUCCCAGCAGAGAACUCUCCAACCAGACAGCAGUUUCAGUCUAGCGGAGGAGGAGGCGGCGGCGGUGGAUCAGAUAGUGAAGACGAUCCACUGGAUGCCUUUAUGGCUGAGGUGGAGAAUCAAGCAGCCAAGGACAUGAAGAAGCUGGAGGAAAAGGAGAAAGAGAAAAAGCUGGUCAAGGGUAUACGGGAUGACAUUGAAGAGGAAGAUGAGCAAGAGGCUUAUUUCCGUUACAUGGCGGAGAACCCAACAGCUGGGCUGACUCAGGAGGAAGAGGAGGAGAAUGUGGACUAUGAUAGUGAUGGAAACCCCAUUGCUCCCACCACCAAAAAGAUCAUUCUCCCGCUGCCUCCUAUUGACCACUCUGAGAUUGACUACCCUCCCUUUGAAAAGAACUUCUAUAUUGAGCACGAGGAGCUCAACAGCCUGACUGGAACACAAGUGGUGGAACUGAGACAGAAACUCAACCUGAGGGUGUCUGGUGCUGCUCCUCCUAAACCCUGCACCAGUUUUGCCCAUUUUAACUUUGAUGAGCAACUUAUGAACCAGAUUCGUAAAUCGGAGUACACAAAGCCUACGCCCAUCCAGUGCCAGGGUGUCCCUAUUGCCCUGGGUGGCAGAGACAUGAUUGGCAUUGCUAAAACUGGCAGUGGAAAGACAGCUGCCUUCAUAUGGCCAAUGCUGGUGCACAUAAUGGAUCAGAAGGAGCUGGAGCAGGGGGAUGGGCCCAUUGCUGUGAUUGUCUGCCCCACCAGAGAGCUCUGCCAACAGAUCCACACGGAGUGUAAGCGCUUUGGGAAGGUGUAUGGCCUGCGCUCAGUGGCUGUGUAUGGAGGUGGCAGUAUGUGGGAACAGGCAAAGGCUCUACAGGAGGGGGCUGAGAUUGUCGUGUGUACCCCGGGUCGUCUGAUUGACCACGUGAAGAAGAAGGCCACAUCACUGCAGAGAGUGACCUACCUGGUGUUUGAUGAGGCUGACCGCAUGUUUGACAUGGGCUUCGAGUAUCAGGUCCGAUCCAUCGCAAGCCACAUAAGACCAGACAGACAGACUCUUCUGUUCAGUGCCACGUUCAGGAAGAAGAUUGAAAAACUGGCACGGGAUAUUCUCAUCGAUCCGAUCCGUGUAGUGCAGGGAGACAUCGGAGAGGCCAAUGAGGAUGUGACCCAGCUGGUAGAGGUGUUGCCAAACGGUACAGAUAAGUGGGUCUGGCUGACCCGCAGGCUGGUGGAGUUCACGUCGUCCGGCUCCGUGCUCAUUUUCGUCACUAAAAAAGCCAACUGUGACGAGCUGGCAACCAACCUGCAGCAGGAGGGCUACAGUCUGGGCCUGCUGCAUGGAGACAUGGACCAGAGCGAGAGGAACAAGGUCAUCAGUGACUUCAAGAAGAAAAGCCUGCCCGUUCUGGUGGCCACUGAUGUUGCUGCUCGUGGUUUGGAUAUUCCCUCGAUCCGUACGGUCGUGAACUAUGAUGUUGCCCGGGACAUUGACACACACACUCAUCGGAUUGGCCGAACAGGUCGUGCAGGGGAAAAGGGCGUGGCCUACACACUCCUCACACACAAAGACACCACAUUUGCUGGUGACCUUGUUAGGAAUUUGGAGGGAGCCAAUCAAAGUGUAUCCAAGGACCUACUGGAUUUGGCCAUGCAGAACUCAUGGUUCAGGAAGUCUCGUUUUAAGGGAGGAAAAGGGAAGAAGCUGAAUAUCGGAGGUGGAGGUCUGGGCUACAGAGAGAGACCCGGUCUUGGCUCUGAAUCCUCGGAGCACAGCAGUAGUGCUGCUCUUGGUAACUAUGAAGCCUACAAACCGUCCACUGGAGCUAUGGGAGACCGCAUGUCUGCCAUGAAGCAAGCUUUUCAGGCUCAGUACAAGAACCACUUUGUGGCUGCAUCUGGCAACCCUCCCAAGCUGAGCACACAGUCCAGCAGCACUACAGGCUGGACCAGCGCGGGCAGUCUGAGCUCCCUGCCGACAGGAUCUCCUGAAGGAGCGGAAAAAUCUCACAUGUUGUCGACAUUGUCCUCCGUGUCCUCAACACCCUCCUCUUCCCCCUCAGCUUCCUCUUUGUACUCCACCAUGCCUCCUCCUGCAGCCUUCAGCCCGGCCACUAAAAUGCCCGGCUUCAGCAGCGCUGGAUCCCUGAGCUCUGUUUCAGAAUCCUACUCCUCCUCUCCAGGGUCUGCAGACGGGUCCCGCAGAGAUGACAGGGGGCGCUAUGGAGACAGUCACCAUCGCCACGGUGACAGACACAGCUCUGGAGACCGAGACAGGGAAAGGGAUCGGGAACGAGAUCGGGACCGGGACAGAGACCGGGACCGUGAAAGGGAACGGGACCGCGAUAGAGACCGCGAUCACUACGGAGAAAGAGACCGCCACAGAGACGGCGACAGGGAUCGCCAUGGAGACAGCCGCAAUGGGGAUGGCGGCGGUCGGCGGGACCGAGACGGACGCCCGGAGAGAGACGAUUGGAGGGGAGAAAGGGGCGGAGACAGGGGAGGGUCACAUAGGGGAGGGGAGGAUAGCUUUGCGGUUCCGGAUCUGCCGAAACGCAAGAAAAGCAGGUGGGACAAUUAGAGCUGUUUUUUUUGUUUGUUUUUGUAUUUGUUUUUCUUUCAAAACAGCAUUGAAAGAUAUAUGCUUGCCACUGUCCACAUCCAACCUCAUAGCAAGCAUCUAAAAAAAUUUAAAAAGAUUUAAAGGAAUACACUUGGUUUUACAUCCUGAUCUGUGAGUGUGCAAUGAUUUGGAUUUCAAUAGAUUUUUUCAAAAUAAAAUAAGCCCUAAAAAUCACACACUGAGAGGGGAAAAAUGUUUUAAUAUAUAUAUAAUUUUUUUUCUUUUUUUUUUUUGGGUGAUGCAAUAUAAUUCUGAUAUCAAUAUGAACAAUUGAAGGAAAAGGCAUCGCCUAAUGGAUGGAGCCAGGCUACAGAACCUAUUGUGCUUUCUUUUUUUUUUUUUUGCUUGUUAUAUGUUAUAUUAUCAUAUAAUCAGUGGCAUAAUAUGGUCAUGAUAUGACGAUCAUUUAUUUCUGGAACAAGGUAUCAUCCAAAAAUAAAUAAAUAAACACACUGAACAUUAGUCAGUAACAUGCUCUAAUGAUGAUGCAUUAUUAUUAUUAAACAACUUUCGGUCUCAGUACAUAUUGAUAUUGUAUUAUUAUUGUCCAGCCCUAAGUUGACUGCUGUCAACGUCUUCUUUUUCUUUCACUAAAUACAGAAAUGCACCUUGUAUCACCAUGUCAGUAGAUCUUGAUGAUUAAUCUUCAUGAUGGACCGAUAGAAAUAAUCUUUUUUUCUGUAAAGUUGCCAUUCUGCCAUUUUGGGAUUAAAAAUUGUAUUGUGACACAACGGCAUUAUGCUACAGUUGAUUCAGAAACAUUUUAGGAUGUAAAAACACUGAAGUAUUCCUUUCAUCUUAACCUUCGAUUGUGCAGUCCAAUCUUGUUGGUUUCCAUUCUAAGCAAGCAGGAACUCACCCGGUUCCACUGACUUCCACUACCAAGCAUUUUUUUUUUUUUUGCAGAUAAGGUUGGAAACCUUUGCUAUAGAUGACUCUGUUUGCCUGGCAGGCUGUUGAUGCUGUUUUGUGAAUGAUUGUGUGAAAGUGUUUAAUAAAUUGGAACAGCAACAAAAAAAAGGAGUUGAGAGGAGGCUUAUAAUAUGUAUGUGUGAAGGAUUCCAUCUGUUUUAGGAGGAAACUCAGAAUUUUUUUUAAGAGUUCCUUUUUUAGGGCACAGAAAUGGGUUCUUUGAGUUUUUUGUUUGUGUUAAUUAGCAAAUCCAGCUAAAUGUGAGAUACUGUAUUAUGGAUGAAAUUGCCAUCAGUACCUGUUGCCUAAAGAAUUAAUUGAGUGUUUACAUUCUCUUCAUAAUCCAGAUUCUGAACAAAUUUCUGCAGUUAUCUAAUUAUUUAAGUACUUAUGAUAACGAUUUAUUAGAUCAGAGUGUGAUCUAGAAAAUUUAGCUCAGUAAUUGUGGUUUUCAGUGUAUACUCCUAACUGGAGUAUUCUCGGAUUUCUCAGUCUAAGCAUGAUUAAAACAGACCCUGGUACCACAAGUAAGUGAGCAGCUUUAAAACAGUAACUGUGAAAUAGUGACUAAAUUGCAUUUUAUUGGAUUUCUGACUAAUUGUGAUGUUCUGCAGUAAUCAGAUUAUGAAGUGCUUGUAAACACGCUUACUGAUUGAGAAUUUUUUUUUUUUUUUUUUUUAGGUUUAGGAUUUUCUUCUGUAUUUUAAACCUGUCAUUACAGGCUCUAUGGCCUGUGUGCACUGUUGCAUAGUCUGCUUUUCUCACAUCUGUAUUUUUGGCUUUUUUUUUAAUUAAAGUGAACUCCCAUUCAUCUCUUAAGGACAAAGGACUUCUGAUUAUCUAACCUGUCUACACCUAAAACAUGCUGAUAUCCAUAAAAAUAGUGGGAAGGAAAAAUGUUUCCAUGCUUAUGAUGUUAUUAGCUUUGUCUAAAAGCACUGAACUUUUUCAUUUCAUUCAUUCAUUGUGUGAUCUUGGUGCAAGUACUCACAUCUUGACAUCUCAUUCUGGCUUUAAUAAACUUGUUGAAUCCUCUUAA